AUCAGGGAGGAUCAGCAAUCUCCUAAAAAGCAGCUGACCUUUUGGGGCCAGGCCAGCCGAGCAAAUAUUGCAGUGCAGUAGAAAAAGUGUUUCGAGUGUUGACUUAGCUGCUGUUUUCACUUUUCAGUUUUCCCAUCCCAUUAUCCAACUAUCUAGCUAGCAGCUACCAAAAGAAAAGAAAAGCUUGAAGAAGGAAGCUAAUUAACUAACAUCAACGCCACCAAACAAUGCAUAUUAGGAGAUUAUCCCACUUCCACCAGCGCAUCCACCUCCACGUACUGAAUAUGUUUAUUCUACUAGCAGCGGCGGUGGUUGUAGAGCGAGCCGCUGGUACCUGCCGUAAUUACUGCAACAGCAUCCCUAUAAACUACCCAUUCGGCAUUGACGACGGAUGCGGCUCCCCCGAGUUUCGUCACAUGUUAAACUGCUCCUCCACGGACUUGUUCUUCGCCACCCCAUCCGGGAACUACAAGGUCCAGUCCAUCGACUACGACAAGAAGAACCUGGUCAUCUUCGAUCCGGCCAUGUCCACUUGCUCCAUUCUCCAACCUCACCACGACUUCGUCCUGUCGGACAUUCAAUCGGCCCUCAUCCCCCCCUCGUCCGACACCGUCUUCGUUCUCAUGAACUGCUCCAUAGACUCCCCAGUCCUCAACCACUACAAGUCUCUGUGCUUCAACUUCGCCGGCCAUACCUGCGACGAACUUUACGGGGCCUGUACUUCCUUCAAGCUCUUUCAUCUCUUGUCCAACAGUACUCCGCCGCCGUGCUGCUUCACCGGCUACGGCACCGUCAAGUUCAUGAGCAUGAACAUACUGGACUGCACGCAUUACACCAGCGUCUAUAACACGGAUAACCUGAAGGGCGUUGGGCCGUUGGACUGGCUGUAUGGGAUCAAGUUGUCUUAUGGGGUCCCGGAUACCGGUUGCGAACGGUGUACCAAAUCCGGCGGGACCUGCGGCUUCGAUGUGGAGACUCAAGCGCUGCUCUGCAUUUGCUCUGCUGCUGUCAAUGCUACCAGAGAAUGUGGAGCUGGAAGUGUUUCAUCGAGUGCAGGACAAAAACCGUGGCAGACGACAUCCUCCUUCUUAUUAACCUGUAUACUAGACUACUCUGUCUCUGUGUUUGGUUACAGCAGGCAGUCGUUUGUAACACAAUUUCAAAGAGAUUAAUGUUUUUGUUCUUUUUUUUUUUUUUUUGGUGGCGGCUAAUGAAUCGGAGUUUGGUUAUCUCGUGAGAUGGGAAAAAUCACCAAAAGGAGUAUGCCCGCUCUUCUGUGCUUUGAUUUUGAAUUUCGUGGAUUACUACCGUCACUUUGCUCGUAUGCGUAUAUUUGGUAGCGCUGAAGCUUUACAAGAUUUAUUUAGCUCAUCAAUGCUUUGAAGUUCCAAGUGUUCAUUUUAUUUAGUGUGAAAACUGAGAGGCUAAGGAAACGAGAAAUGCAAUGGGUUUGCAUUUGAAUAUUGGCUGUAUUAGUAAAUGCCUAAAAAUAACCCGGUUAAAAUUCCUUUUCUCGGUAUGAUGAUGAUUCUAAGGCUAAGAGUUUGUUUGGAUUGCUAUUUUCUAUAGUUUUCGUCAAAAAAAUGUA